ACGCCGGGGACAGCUUCAAACCCUUACCGACAUCCGCGCCGAGUGGACGCUCCCUCUCGCUCUGUCCUCUGACCGAAAUUCUUAGUCACUUUUUUUUUUAUUAAGAUUGGUUACAUUUCCUUUCGUUGGAGGAAUUAGGUGAAUUUCUUUAGUCAUUCCUUGUGUCUGAAGAGUACCGGGACUUUUUUUUCUGCAGGCGAAGGACUUUCCCUGACGAGACUGUAUUCGAGUGUUGCUGAAUUCUGACAGACGAAAGACAGACAACGACAGUGACCUCAAGCCUUCCUCUGCUGCAGGAGUAGCAAGGAGUGGCUUCUUCCAAUUCGAUGAGCCAGUUCUAAGGAGUAGCCGGCGCAUCACUAUGGGAAAUCUCCGAGAACGUAUAUGAUCAUAAAGGGACACUAGGUUAGCCCAGCGAGGCCGAAGAAUUCCGUACAGAAGAACAACAUGAAGGCAAUGUCACCCAUAACAAGUCUGCUCGCGGUGCUGGGCGUCCUGACGGCGGCCGCGGCUCAGUCUCUCUUCGACGGCAUCGACUUCACCCUCGGGGCCAGCGACGCCGAGACCUCGCCUCCCGAGGGCGCGUCGCUCUUCUCCCUGGACGCCCAGGAUGAAGGGGGGCAGCGGGAGUCUCUCUUCGGAGGCGUGAAGAUGUCCCACAGCCUCAAGGAGCUCGAGGAGGAAGGAGUACCGCUGGGGUCCCUCGAGAGCUUCAGCCCCUCGAGGAGGGCGUCUCUCUCCGAGCUUCAGGUGACGAGUCGGCCUCGUCGGCCUCCCUCCGGACGCAGGGUGGCCUCCGCUACUGUGUCGGUCGGGCUGUCGGGGGCGCAGAGGGCCUCCGGGAGCUCCCUGUUCGACGCGGUUCCCUUUGCCGGGGCGAAUCCCCACCAGGAGCGAGGCUUUGGGUCCAGCAGCAGCAGCGCCCAGAGCAGGAGUAUUGGCAGGGGCCCAGCGCCGUUCCAUGACGCCCCUGAUUAUGCUGCAUCUGCUUCUCAGGAUGAUUACGCCGAGGAUUAUUAUGUGGACGACUAUGAGGACUCGGAGACGCAGCCCUCGAAGUCCACGCACAGGUUCCUUCUGCCUUCCGACCAGAACGAUGAGUAUGGAAGCAAUGAGAACGACAACGGCGGCUCCACCUCGCGCGCCCUCCAGGUCCUGGCUCGGUCGGCGCAGCAGCUGGCGGCCGCACUGGAGGAGAGGCAAAGCAGCGACCACCACUCCACUUUCCCCCACCAAGUGCAGGGAGACUUCCACUCAGUCCUGGAGACUCUGGCCUCCAAGAACUCCGGAUCCAGAGGGACAGGAAGUGAAGGAGCCGACGGAGAAGAUGAGCCGCCCUUUUUAACGGAGGAGGAUUUGUCGAAACUCUCCAAACUCUUCGGCUCCUUGGAGGUCGAUAGCAAGGAGGCUGCGGCUCCCUUGGGGAACCAAGACAGAAUGGAUGAAAAGCAGAUUGCUGAGAUCAGGCGGAAGCGACUAGAAGACCUGCGCCUGGCUCUCGAAAUCAUAAGGGAUUUUGAAGAGCCUACCUCUGAGGGCGGCGAGGGAGACGAGGAAUUCGAGUUAAUGUUGGCCAAAUCACUCUUCAGUAAGAAAAUCAACUCCCUGACCGAGCUGAACAGGAAGCAACGAGACUCUUUGGAUUCUCUGAUGGAAAGCAUGAGGAGCAGACGCUCUGAUUCUUUCUCUCUCGACGCUCUCUCUCUGUUUCCUUUCAAUACGCUUGCUUUUGCUGCUCUUGGUUCCAGUGCAGAUGCAUUAUCUUCCCCAGUUUCUGAUACAGGCAGGUAUCUCCUUCCUAGCCAGAAUGUGGCACCUGCCCGUGAUCCAGGCCCGCCUUCCCCUCCUCCAACACUUGGAACUUUAAAUUCUUAUCUGCUCCCUAACCAGAACCCAGCACCGCUUCGUAACCCUGGCCCGCCAUCCCCACCUCCAACAACGGGUCCUGUGAAUAGUUAUCUCCCUCCCAAUGUGAACCCAGCACCUCCGCGGGAUCCAGGGCCACCUUCCCCUCCCCCUUCUCCACCUGUCAUUGUUCCUGCGACGGCAUACACCCUCCCUGGUCAAACACAGUCUAAUCCUUCGGCGUCUUACUUGCCUCCACAACCAAGUCCUCAAGCCAACCCACUUCCUCCGACUAUCAUUUAUGCUCUUCCAGCUCCCCCGCCAGCACAGGCGGAUCCUGGGCCUCCUGCGCCACCCCCCACAACUACAACACGACGUCCUGCCCAGACUUACCUGCCUCCUUUCCGAGAUGAAGUUACCCCUCAGAGAGGUUAUCGGCCACCUGCACCUUUGCCUCUGGAAACUUCUAAUGACGACAACUUAAAUGACUGGAGACCUUUAUCGAAUCCAAACAACCACAGAGGCUACAGCAGUGACCCUCUUGACGUCCCAGGUGGAGAACGUGACACUCGUAAUGAAACUUCCACCGCCGUCCACAAUUACCACUACCACUACCAUAUAACAGGAAGCAAGGACGAGCUCUUCCAGACCGAGGGCAAAGCCAGCGCAGACAAGCCAGCCCGCGACAGGGUCAAGGAAUGUCAGUCCGGAAUAGACUGCAGCUUAUUUGAGCCUUCACACUUCCUCACAGCACCCAGUCAGGCUGAUGAUUUCAGCGAGUCGUCCUACACCUCACUAAAUCAGGAGAGAAGGCCAAGUGCAGAUAGGCCACGCCCCCAACCUCCUCUGAAUCCACGCCUUCCUUCGCGGGGUUAUGGCCCACCGGCUACUACGACGCCCGCUGACCCACCGGCGCCCAUGUAUGGCUAUGGUCCUCCUCGAACAACGACGCCGGCCAACCCCCCGGUCCCUAUGUAUAGCUAUGGGCCUCCUCCCACGACAACGCCUGCUAACCCUCCAGCCCCUAUGUAUGGCUAUGGCACUCCGCCGCCCUCAAACCCUCCAGCUCCACCUCCACCUCCACCUCCGCCUCCACCUCCACCUCCACAAGUCUAUGGACCUCCUCCAACAACCCCUGCGACUCCCCCAGCAGUGUACGGUGCUCCACCAGCCAACCCUCCAUCUCCACCUCCACCUCCGCCUCCACCUCCACCUCCACAAGCCUAUGGACCUCCUCCAACAACCCCUGCGACUCCCCCGUUGCCUCCCCCAGCAGUGUACGGUGCUCCACCAGCCAACCCACCAGCUCCAACACUGCCUCCAGCCAACCCCGCUCCUCCAUCUCCUCCUCCUCCGCCUCCUCCUCCUCCUCCCACCGCUGCGCCCCAGAACAUUUACUUACUGCCCGUCCCAAAGCAACCUAAAGCUCCCUUGGACCCGUUUGCAUUUCUGAAACCGAAAGCUAAGAAGGCCAAGCCAGGGCAGCUGGUGGCAUACGGGCCUCUGCCAGUCAGACGUCUGCCCGCCCAAACCGUUCAGCUUGCAAACACUCAACAGAGCAAUCCUGUAGCCAACGACCAGACGAACCUCCUGACACAGCAAAGGGACCAACUGCAACGCCAGUACUUACAAAACGAGCAACAGCUUUUGCAACAGCGCCAGCAACUGAGAGAUCUAAAUCAGUUGCAAAUGCAAAUAAGAAUGCAAGAGCUUCAACGAGAGCAAUUAAAGAAAACGCUGUUCAACCAGGUCAGCAAGGACAAGUUCGGGGGAGACUUCAAAAAGAUGUUUUACAAAGGCGCGGUGUUACUUGGCGCAAUGUCGCUCAUCCCCUUCGCCGCUGGCCGCCGACGGAGGGACGCGGAGUGGCGCGCGAGGGCCACCGAAGAACCCCUUCUUGAGAGGGCCACCGAACUCUCAGCUCUCGUGAAUCAGUCACUCACACUCAACGCCACGAACGCUCAUAGCAGACAGACCGAAGGCGAAGUUGCGAAGAUUCUCCAACUUGUCGGGAUCAGCAACAUGUCAGAGGCUGGCUUACAGGAGGUGGAGUCUUCACUCCCGCCGCCGCCCGUCCUAAAAGACCCGGUCUGCCUCCAGAGGUCCUUCUGUUCGCUUAUGGAAGGACUUGAGGGAACUGAGUAUCAUCAUGACUUUCUGCUUCAGUACUGGAAGAUGUUCCCCGACGGCAGGAGGAAUCCCGUCGUGGCGCAGGCUCUGAGUUCAGCCGAAGGGCGAGAAGCUGGGGAAGAGACUGAGGUUCCAGAACAGAACGAUGUCUGUCAGGCUUACCGCUGUCCUGUGCCCGACCACUACCUUUAACUAAUCUCUAUUGUACAGACCAAUUAUUGUCACAGGGACAGUGAUUGUGUAAAAGAUUAUGUAAAUUCAUGUAAAACUUUAUUCUGUAUGAAUGUCGAUCUAGCAUAGAAUCUGUUUAUAAAAGACAUUUACACACAGAUCUUUUCCUCGCUUUUUUCCAGUUAUUACGUGCUUUCCCGAAUUUGAAAAAAAAAAGAAUAUCGACAUGAAAAACUAUAUCAACAAUUUGAUAACUAAAACUGAUAUUCUUUCUGCCUCUACCAAGAAAAAAUAGACUUAGGAAACUUCUUUUCGAAAAUUGCAAAUGCCUCAAAAUUGCUUCAGCUUUCGGUGCAACGGCCCUCCUUCUUGCCUUUGCUUUAUUCCACAUGCACAAAUUUCUUUAGUUACCCAGACAAAAGGAGCAAUUGUUAUAUCAAUAACAGACCCGAGAACAAUUUCAUUCGUAUAUUUAAAUGUUCAUAUAUGUUGUUGUUUUUUUUCAAACCUGUUAUAUGUUACGUAACUUAUACUAUUCACUAACUUAUGUAACUUAAAUCAUUGGAUAACAUUAGUAGAUGAGGUUUGUCAUUCACUCGUUGUUAAAAAGAGAUUAGUGUAUGGCCUGUUUCAUGUAAUCAUAUUCAUUAAACAGAUUCAUCUUAA